GAGAAUUGUAACCUGCCACUGCCUUGAACCCCAAAAUGAUUCAGAAAGCAAGCAAAAGAUGGAAACUUUUGGAGGAAAAAAAGGAUUACAGAGCGAGAGCAAGAGCGAAGCUUUUUAAGCUUUUAGGCACAGAGACAAUGAAGCUUUGGCUUUUUUAGAGAUAGAGAGAGAUGGGUUUAGCGCUUUAAGCUUCUAAAAGAGAGAGUGAGAAGCUUGUUGAAAAAUGGAGGGUAGAAAUGGCGGUACUAUUAGUAGUAGUACCAGUACCAGUGGCAUUGCAGUGACCAAUCUGAGAAGGCCAAGUCAGCGAAUCCGAAUAGAGAAUCCUUUUGCGUUGAAAGUGGGUCAAGUGUUUACGGGUUUUGGCAUCGGCUGCGGUGUUGGUAUCGGCGUGGGGCGCCCCAUAAAUAUAGGUUCAAUACCAGUAGUAAACCAAGUCAUGAGUGCCACAAGAGGUGCGACUGAUGCAUUUUCUGGUGUUAGUAGACAUGUAAAUAGCUCUUUGAAGAAGCUGGGAGCGAAGAAUAUUGAAGCUGGCAUUGGAUGUGGAGUUGGCUUCGGUCAUGGUUUUGGAGUUGGCCUAGCUCUGAAGCCUGGGGUGUUGAAUCAGAUUCAGUUUCAUGUUGUUCAAGCAAUGACAAAGAUGAUGAUGAAGGUUGGAAUUGUUCCCAAUUUACCCAUCGACCAAGGUGCCAUUUCAAGUUCUUUGCAAGGUGGUAUGAAUAUAAUAAAUGCUUCCUCAACCCAAAACCCAAUGGGAAGUAUCAUGCAGCUGGCAACAAAACAAACAGACGACACAUCACAGGGCAUGCUUGGACAUGGAAAUAAAACUACAGGUUCAGUCCAUGAAACUUUUAUGUCAAAAAACACUUCAGCUGACUCAACUUUUGGUAGUCGUACAGAAAAGGUUAUCAACAGUUUUCUGCAGAAUCCUGUUUUGAAAAGAGAGGAAAACGAGACAAAUGAAGUGGCUGGGCGGUUGAGGUCAGAGAACAACUUGCUUCACAUGGUCAUGAAACACCAGCAAGUCAUCGAAGAGCUCAAGGAGGAGAAUGAGAAGCUUCGGCAGAUACUAGUAGAAGAAUUGAAAAUACCUCCUAGCAAGCUGCAAGCAAGUUAUUCAAGUAAAAAUAGUUAUCCUUGUACUGAUUGUUUCGAUUGUAGAAGGAAACAGAGGAAAAAAUAGCAAAAGCUAUACAGCAUCCAAUUGCCUUGACUGAAAGAUUUUUUACUGACUCCUCCUCUGCUUUGGUUUGCUUCUGCAACCCAAAUGCAUGAUAACAUUUUCAUGGGUCAUAGUUUACCUAACUAAUCUUAAGAUGGUACAAAAACCGUACAAUACAAAUCCUAACUGCAACACAGAAAGGAGAGGAUAAAUUCUAAAAGCUAUAAGACAGUCGAACAGCUUGCAUUUUCUCUUUGAUAUUAUACCUAUAGCUACAGAUUUGGAAGUCAAUCAGGUAUACCGCAGUUUGUAUUUAGUCACCAAUAGUUAUGCCCCAGGGGAAAUUUUACCUUCCUAUUUCUACAUUCCAUUAUUAAUGAAGACUCUUUGACAGCAAAGAGAAUGUUUUUUCAAUUGCUUGGCUGCAUCUUUCAUUUUAUUUAUUUCCAUAUAUGAUUAUUGGUUUAUACAUUAGUCGAUCAUGUUACCAUAUAUUGUUUGCUUGUGAUAUACCUGUUAUUGCAGGCUGCAUUUUGUUCAUAAAACUGCAAUGUGAUUGACAGAGUGGUAAACUGGGGAUUUUAGUUGUACUAAAUUGCUGCAGUGUUAUCAAAAUGCAAAACAUUGACACACAACUUUUCUGUAAGCACUGGCAUAGCACUUGUUUAGGAACAUAAUUUGCUUCACAUCCUCUGCUUCCACCCUAUUUUAGGGUAACAAAUUACUCUUGCUAUGGUGGAAAAAUCUAAAUUGCAGUUUUGUUUGCCAUAGAUGGAAAAUGGUGACAUUUUGUCUUUUUCUGUUCUUCGCCAUGUAAACCUGCGAGAACCUCCAAAAAUUACAGCUUUGCCUAGAUUCAUAAACCAAAAGACAUUAUUACUAGGUAUCCCAAGAUUUUUCUAAAUUUUGGUUGUACAGAGCACGAAAUGUCAGCCACAAGAACCCCAAAAGAAAUAUCUCUGCCCUCAUUUAAGACACGUUUCGACAAAACCAUUCUCAUUUAGGUUGAACUAUUCUCACAAAACCUUUUAUUAUCAUUACUAUUAGUAUUUCUGAUUUGGGUCCAUGUAUGCCUGUGCGACCAAAAACCUUUCAAAGAAAAUGAAAGCUAUAGAAAGGUAAAACAAUUACCAAGUCUAGACACAGUCUCAUUGCAGUAGCAUAAAUGUUCCAUCAUAUAUAGUGAGGGGCAUUAAAUCAGUAGGGAUGGUUCUUGGUUUGUUGGGGCAUUGAUCUUAGAGUCAUGAUUUUCAGUAUGAGUAUCAGCAACUUAUAAAUAAAUGGUUAAACCUGUCAAAGUCUGGUGAUUGGUGAGGUUGAUCUCAACCUUGGCCCACUGUUGUCUUGUCAGUAUUCAAUUGCUGCAGGGUAUCAUAUACGUAUGCACUAUGUGACAUAGAAGUGGAGGCCUAAACUCAUUAAUGAAAAUUAACUUGUGAACUACAUUUGUCCAAUUAUCCAUGGAGAAUCUUAGAGAGAGAGAGAGAGAGCAAUUGUGGAAAAUAGCUCCAACCAUACCCAUUAAUAGGUUGCGUUUAAAUUUCCAGUUUUCUCAUGGAGGUGUUGGAGAGGGGUUUGCUGGUGAAGUAAAGAUGGUACGUGCUUGUUGCUUAUAUAGAGACGUCAUAUCAUUUUUAGUAUAUUUUAUGCAACCCAAAAAGUUGAAAUUAUAUUUUCUCUUUUAUGUUGAGUUUGACUGCUGUACAUGAUUGUCAUUUUAUAAAACAGGGGAUUCUAACUCAAAAUUAUGUCCGAUAAAAGCCACUAUACUGUCCUCAUAGAGCAUGGUAAUCAUUUAUUAUAUAGAAAAAAAUACACAUAUCUUUAAUCAGUUUUACAGAACUGAGAGACAUAAAUCAUAGUCUUUAGGUCUGUAUGGGGCAAAUAUAUUAUAUGACCCAGUUAGCUAAGCUUGACAGAACGAAGAUUUUCUCAAAGGCUUUAUGUAUGUAGAUAUAGGCAAAGAUGAAAAGCUAAAAAAGAUGACUCUGCCUAGUAGUCCUUUUUAAAGAAUCCAAUGCUUUGAUGUAGUCUUUACUUUUUUUUCUCAUUGAAAUUAAUGAGAUACUUCAUGUUUGGUUCGAGUAUCUAAUCCGUCGUACAAAGAAGUUAUAGAUUCUUUAUGAUUUACAGAUAAACAAACACAUUAUGCACAAGCUCUGAAUGCUUUUGACGAAAACAAAACAAACCAUCUGCAGAUCAAAUAAAGGAAAAUAGAUAACAAAAACAAUUGUUAAAAGUAAAUAUAAUUUAUUUUAAGUAACCAAAUAAAAGUUGCAUUGGAUUUCUUACUCCGUCAAUAACCCUUUUUUUAUCGCUGUACACCAUUACUAAAAUUAAUAUUGGUAUGGACCACAUACCACUAUAUGUCACUAUACAACUGGAGUUUUGUCGUUUAUGAAAAAUUCUCAUGUCUAGCUGGAUUAAGUAUUUGUAUGUCACAAAAACCUCUAUUGUUACAAAAAUAAUGACACUUAUGUGACAAAAAAGUAAUUCUUAUGUGACAAAUUUUUAUUUUUUUGGCUAGAAAAUACACUUGUUAAUUUGUAUUAUAUGAGGAAAUUUAUCUUGUGAAUUACACGUGAUAUAUAUAACACAUAUAAAGAAAUUUUGAACGGAAAUGAAUAAUUAAAUUAGAUUGUUCUUAUAAAUUGUUAAAUAUUAUUGACGAGGAAAAACGAAUAAUCUCAAAAUGUUCUCCAUUAGUUAACAAACCGAUUUUAACUUUUCUUUUUUCACCAAAAAAAAAAGUAUUUUAACUUUUUCUUUUAGUAAAUUAUAAUUAACAAAUAAGCUAGUGCAAGACUUGAAUGAGUUGCUUUUAUCAUGGAGUUAUUUUGUUUGUCAUUAAAUAAAAUGCCAGCUUUUUUAUGUUUUUAUAUCACAGAUUUACAGUGGAAAUACUGCAAAAGAAUUGGGAAAAAAAAAUAUAUAUAGAUAUCUUUAUUUCAUUCAUUCAUUCUCUAUCACUCACAUAGGGACACAUGUUUUGUGGGUCUGAAACACCAUGUGCAUAUCACUUUCCUACUCAUGUUGUUUUGUCACAAAUAAGUCCCACCAUCACCAACCAUUGUUUCCUCGUGCUAGCUAAUUCCACCACUAAAGAAGCCCUCCAAUUUAUUUUAGUUAAUUUUAUUUAUUUAUUUAUUGUUUACAGAAAAGCCCUCCAUAUUUCACUUCCUUUCCUCCCACAAAAAAAUAAAAUAAAAAAUAAAAAAAUAAAAUGGUACUUUUGGACAGCUUCCCAAUCUCCAAAAGUAAUUCACCAUCCUUUUUUUCCUUCCACAUAUUUUUCUACAUUAACAGCUAGCACCUAACCUUUUUCUUCUCCUUUCGCAUUCCCAUUCCUUAUCCCCACCACCAUUUACUACCUCUCCAUCACUCCCCUAUCUACCCCUUCAAGCAUCUCUAUCUACUUUUAUUAUUAUUAUUUUAAUAAUGUGUACAAAUCCCUUUGAAAGGUUCUUUUCUUUCUUUUCCUCUUUUGCGACUUGGUUUUUUUAGCUUUCAGGAAAGUUGUGAAAUAUGUUCAUAAUUAUAAUAAUUAUGAGGCUAAUUGAAAAAGUUGUUAGUGAAUUAGAAUUCAUUGUACAAAUUUGGAUUAAUUACUUUUCUUCAGCAAGAUAUUCCAAUAGACAAAGUUUUAUUUAGUUCUAUGCUAAUUAAUAAUAUACUAAGAAACAAUGCAGUUAUAAAAAACAUUGAAAAAAAACACAAACAAGAAUCACAUGUCCCUCUUAUUAUUCAUCUACGUACGUCAAAAUGCUACAAAAGAAGAAAGAAAUUGUAACUUUCUCUCCCCCCUCCCCCCCGAACAACCAAUAAA